UCCGCCCCUUCUUUCUGUCCUGCAGCGGGCGGCUUGUUCCAGUCGUCCAUUAAGAGGGGAAUAUUACGAGCGCUCUCCCGCGCAGGAGCAUUUCACUCCAUUGCUAUGGGAAUCCAUGGAAUGAUGACCUAUGUAGUGGAACACAAGCAAUUCUUCACUGACCUGCAGUUGAGGGAAACAAAAGUAAUAAUUGAUGGAAAUAACCUGUACCACCGACUUUACUUUGAUACAAAUCUAGAUCUUCGGCAUGGUGGGGAUUAUGAUUCUUUUACAGACAUCACAAACAAGUUUUUUGAAACACUGACUGUAUGUGACAUAAGACCAUAUGUUGUGUUAGAUGGAGGAAGUGAUGCAUCUGAUAAAAAGUUUACAACCUUAAAGGAAAGAGCUCAAGAAAAGAUCCUGUCAGCCUAUUCCCUCUCUCGUGGUGGUGGUGGAAGCGUAUUGCCUUUGCUCAUCAGAGAAGUAUUUAAACAGAUUUUAACCAAAUUACAAGUACCUUUUGUCCAGUGUUUUUCAGAAGCAGACAGAGAAAUUGUAUCAUUAGCCAAUCAUUGGAAUUGCCCUGUGUUGACUUUUGAUAGUGACUUUUGCAUUUUUGACCUAAAAGCAGGCUAUUGCCCUCUGACUUACUUUCAGUGGAAGAAUAUUUGCACACGUAAAGAGUCACAAGACUGCUACAUCCCAGCAAAGUGCUUCUCAUUAGAGAGAUUUUGUAACUAUUUCGGCAAUAUGAACAAAACUCUCCUACCACUUUUUGCAGUAAUGAUUGGCAACGAUCAUAUUAACCUGCCAGCUAUGGAAAUGUUCUUCAGCAAGGUACGACUUCCUGUCGGAGGCUAUGGGCAGAAAGGGAGAAAGCACAGCCGCAUUCAAGGGCUUCUAAAUUGGCUGUCUCGUUUUGCUGAUCCUGCUGAGGCUAUAGAAGAUGUACUGAAAUAUCUUAAAAAGCACAAGGAAGAGGAAACAAGACAGCUGCUCUGCGCUUCUAUGGCAGAAUAUGAACCAUCCAGUGUUAAUCUGGAAGACUUUUUCCAAAAUGGACUUUAUGAAACAGAGACAGCCAAGAAACUAGAAUUACCUCAGUGGAUAUGUAGUGCUCUGGCUAAGGGCCUUCUUGCACCAUUCAUUAGCGAUGCCCUGGUAUUAAGAAGAACAAUUCUCCAUGUUCAGGUAGAGAAUAUGCAGAGGCCCAGCAGUCAUGUUACAGCUCUGCCCAUUCGACAAGUUAUUUAUCGGCUACUUCUGAAUGCUUCAGAGGGUUCAGGCCACACCUCUGUAAGGAAGCACUCCACUUCACCCACACCCCUCCUCUGUGAAUUUGACAGAUUCCAGAAAGCACUCGGGAAAUCAUUUGUUCAAGUAGCAGCAUUGCCAGGAAAUUUUUGUAGUGACCAAUAUUCUCCGACUACAUUAAAUGAGGUCCCCUUAGCAGAACGUCUGCUACUUUUGUUGGAGACCUUGCAAGUGACAGCCAGUGACCUUGAGACAGUUCCUGGUCUGCUGCAGCUCCCGAUGGCUGUGACCUGUUUCUGGAUACGGUACUCAGCACCCAAAGUGAAAUUACAACACAUGAAGGCUUUACUACUUGGAAUAGUAUUCGGUGAAUUACACAAAAUAAUAGAGAGCCAGGAACCUGAAGCUCUUCAUGCUGAAGUCAAUAAAAUAGUGUAUGACCAGUUCCUGAAAUGGAAGGACAGGAAAUCACAAAAGGAAGUGUUGGAAUUAGACACUGCACACAUUUUCUGCCAGUGGCAGUGCUGCCUCCAAAUGGCGUUGUAUCUCAAUCAGCUGCUGUCCACGCCUCUCCCUGAACCAGAUCUUACAGGGCUUUACAAUGGGACCCUCGUGCAUAGACUCUACCAUGAGCUUAAAUCAGCAUCCACGCCAGAGAAUCUCCUCAGUGCAUCUCCAAAGAUGAAUCAGCUUUAUUGCAACAUGGUACGUGUGGUGAGAUGUGUAAUACCUGCAGAAUUCUUCCAGAAAAAGAAGCCCAAGUCCCAUAAGAAAAAGAAACAAGCUGCUAAGCAAGUGUUGGAUAAGAGAGAAGGUGCUACAGUAGAAGUUUUGACUUCAUGCAGUAUUAACAACAGAUUUGCAACAUUCAUGAAGGAAGACUAAAGCUGGAAGCAUAUAGAAGUCAACAGUCUUUAAAAUUACCAAUGUUCAUCUUCAGUCAGUGAAACAGGAGGACUUGUCAAAAGCCCUUUAUCAUGUCACUUCCUCCUACAUAGACAGCAGUUUCUAGUUUUGCAAACAAAGAAUGCAAUGUGCAUCAUACAUCAAGGAAAGAUGAUACAGACGAAGAACUGACGUGUUUCAGGGGCUUCUCCCUGCUUCUUUCAACCUUCUUUAUAAUCUCUGAUACGAUACAUACCGAGGAGGUGAGAACCAGAAGAAACAGCAAGUCUAGAAAAAGAGUAAUAUGACGAAGUUUACCACUUGCUAGCAGCACUGAUUCUGCUGCUAAAAUCACACAGCAAUCAAGUAAAACAAUUCAGCCCUACGGUUUACCAAACUCCACAAAGUAUGAUAUCUUGUAUACAAUAUAAAAUCUGAAAAAUAGAACCACCAGAAGAAAAGGACUCCAAAGCUAUGUGUUUAAAUUAUUCCCCAUUUAUUUGUGAAAUAUUGACAGAGUUUCAUUCUUUACCAAGUUUGUCUUUUCCAGCUAUCAAGUGUUCUACUUUAAAUGGACCCAUUAAACUGGAUCACUGUACUAAAUUUUGUAUGGGUAACAGAAACUGUUUUACAACUUUCUAAUGCUGAGAAUCUCAACUGCUUCCAAAAUAAAUAACCUUUUCUUUUA